AAAACGAAGGCUUUGAUCAGAACCCAGUUUCUUAAUCUUGUUGCGUGCACAUAUAUAUAUAUAUAUAUAUGCGCAUUUAAUGGGAAAAUUGAGCGUUAUCUUCAUGUCUGUUUUCUUCCUCUCUUUCUUACAGCAGAAUCCAUGCCGGAAGGAACAGUACAAGAAGAAAGGCGUAAUUAAGAAUUCAUUCUUUCUGUUGUUUUGCCAUUUAUGUUAAGCUUCUGUGGAAUCACAACAAUAGCUCUAUUUCCUAUAGACAUGCUUUUCUGAUCAAACCUUUGAGAAGUACUUAGCUCGCUUUACGAAUUCCUUUUCCAAAGCAGGUGGUUUUUUCCUUUUUCAAUUUUUACCAAUUGGUUUGAAUUUGAAAAUGGAGAAACGGAGUAGGCCAAUAUCUAAUAAAAACCAUCAACUGGGCAGUGGAGAUCAGAAUAACAGAAGACCAAUUGAAGUCUUUAAACUGCCAGAAAAUGAUGAAAUUGGAAAUCCCAGUAACAGGAUUGAUGGUGCUCUACUGGAAACUGGGUCAUCGAGCACUUCAACCAAUACCAGUAGAGAACCUGUCAACAAAUGGAUGGCAUUUGACCAAAAAGCCCCCAAGAAUUCCAAAAACACCAACACCACUCAAAACGCUGCUUUUUAUGAUCCAAAUGCAAAGUCUGCCUCGACUGGUAGUAAUAACCAAAUUAUAAGAGAGAAAGUGAGCAUAGCAGAGAGGACUGCAGAAUGGGGAAUCGUUGUGAAGGCAGACGUGGUGGAGGCGACCAUAGCGAGGUCAUCCGGCGAAGGAGAGAAAAUCAAGAGCUCGUCGGAGAGAUUUGUUGCGGCGGCGGCUGCAGGGGGUUUGGAAUCGACGAGGACGUCGGAGGAAUCAAAUUCGGAUGGAGGAGGGUUUCCGAGAGUGUCACAGGAGCUGAAGGAUGCAUUGUCCACAUUGCAGCAGACUUUUGUGGUGUCUGAUGCCACAAAACCUGACUGUCCUAUUAUGUAUGCUAGUAGUGGCUUCUUCAGCAUGACUGGUUAUUCCUCUAAGGAGGUCAUUGGAAGGAACUGCCGAUUUCUUCAGGGACCGGAAACUGAUGGGAAAGAAGUGGAGAAAAUAAGAGACGCGGUUAGAAAUGGGAAAAGUUACAGUGGAAGGCUGUUGAACUACAAGAAGGAUGGCACUCCUUUCUGGAAUCUUCUCACUGUCUCUCCUAUCAAAGAUGAUUUCGGAAACACCAUCAAAUUUAUUGGAAUGCAGGUUGAGGUUAGCAAAUACACAGAAGGAGUAGUUGACAAGGCAUUACGGCCGAAUGGAUUGCCCAAGUCACUAAUCCGUUAUGAUGCUCGUCAAAAGGAGAAAGCACUAGUUUCCAUUACCGAGGUUGUGCAAACUGUGAAACAUCCGCGAUCUCACAUUCGGUCUGUGAGUCAAGACACUAACAGCAAGCCUGAAGAGGAGGGCAAAUUCAACCUUGAUUAUGUUCUACCAAGUUCUUCGGAACUUAUAAAUUUGGAUAUACCUAGUAGACAAACUCCUCAAUUUGAUAAUAGAAGUGAUAUAUCUCAAGUGAGUUCUUCACAAGAUGCUGACAGGAAAUCCAGAAAAUCAGCACGCAUUUCCAUGCUAGGGUCUAAGAGAAGGUCCCUUAAUUCUGGGGAGAGGAAUGAGCCAAAACCAAAUAUUGAACCAGAGGAUUUGAUGACUAAAGACUUGGGACGCACUGAUAGUUGGGAACAUGCUGAAAGAGAGAGAGAUAUUCGCCAAGGCAUUGAUUUAGCAACCACAUUGGAGCGCAUUGAAAAGAAUUUUGUGAUUAGUGACCCUAGACUUCCUGAUAACCCAAUUAUAUUUGCAUCUGAUAGCUUUUUAGAAUUGACAGAAUAUACACGCGAAGAAAUUUUGGGAAGAAAUUGUCGGUUUCUUCAAGGACCUGAAACAGAUCAAGCAACAGUCUCAAAGAUUAGAGAUGCUAUUAGAGAACAGAGAGAGAUUACUGUUCAGUUGAUCAACUAUACUAAGAGUGGAAAGAAAUUCUGGAAUUUAUUUCACUUGCAGCCCAUGCGUGACCAAAAGGGUGAGCUUCAAUACUUCAUUGGUGUCCAACUGGAUGGAAGUGAUCACUUGGAACCCCUACGAAAUCGCCUGUCAGAAAAAACAGAGAUACAAAGUGCUAAGUUGGUUAAAGCUACUGCAGAAAAUGUUGAUGGUGCUGUCAGAGAACUUCCUGAUGCCAACUUGAGACCCGAAGAUUUAUGGGCUCCUCAUUCUCUUCCCGUCUCCCCAAGGCCUCACAGAAAGGGUACUUCUUCUUGGUUAGCGAUACAAAAGAUGUCUUCCUUGAUAAUUUUUCACUCCUACUUUCAUUGGCUGUUAUCUAUUUGUGCUAAGCAGAUCACUGACUGUGGUGAAAAGAUUGGUUUGCAUCAUUUUAAGCCCAUAAAACCGUUGGGUUGUGGAGAUACCGGCAGUGUUCAUUUGGUGGAACUAAAAGGUACAGAUGAAUUGUAUGCUAUGAAAGCUAUGGAAAAGUCAAUAAUGCUGAACCGUAACAAGGUUCACCGAGCUUGCGUUGAAAGAGAAAUCAUUUCGCUACUUGAUCAUCCAUUUCUUCCCACGCUUUACACUUCAUUUCAGACUUCUACACAUGUUUGUUUGAUUACUGACUUUUGCCCUGGUGGAGAGUUAUUCGCUUUGCUUGACAAACAACCUAUGAAAAUAUUUAAAGAGGAAUCUGCAAGGUUUUAUGCAGCAGAGGUUGUGAUUGGAUUGGAAUAUCUUCACUGCUUAGGAAUAGUUUAUAGAGAUCUGAAGCCUGAAAAUAUUUUACUCCAAAAGGAUGGGCAUAUUGUACUAACGGACUUUGAUUUAUCAUUUAUGACAUCCUGCAAACCCCAGGUUAUUAAGCAUUCAGUACCUAACAAAAGAAGGAAAUCUAGAAGUCAGCCAGCACCAAUAUUUGUUGCUGAACCAGCUACUCAAUCAAAUUCUUUUGUUGGAACUGAAGAAUACAUUGCUCCUGAAAUUAUUACAGGUGCAGGACAUAGUAGUGCCAUUGAUUGGUGGGCUCUUGGUAUUCUAUUGUAUGAGAUGCUCUAUGGUCGCACACCCUUCAGGGGGAAAAAUAGACAGAAGGCAUUUGCAAAUAUCUUGCACAAAGAUCUCACCUUUCCAAGUAGCAUUCCAGUAAGUCUCGCAGCCAGGCAGUUGAUUAAUGCAUUAUUGCAAAGAGAUCCUACCAGCCGUUUAGGAUCGAAUUCAGGAGCCAAUGAAAUCAAACAACAUCCUUUUUUCCGUGGAAUUAAUUGGCCUUUGAUCCGCUGCAUGAGCCCACCUUCCUUAGAGGCUCCUCUUUGCUUAAUUAGGAAAGAUCCAAAGGCUAAGGAUAUAAGCUGGGAAGAUGAUGGAGUUCUUGUUAAUUCAAUAGAUCUUGAUAUUUUCUAAAAGGACUACUUAUUUGAAUGGAGCAGAGAGACAAUUCUCUGAUGUAAUGUUAGUCCUGCGUUUUUAUAAGAAGAUUGUCUAUGUUGCCUCCGGUACAAGUGGUUGUAUCUAAGUUUCAUAUCAUGGACACAAGGGAAAUGCCGGAAGGGUCUUAACGGUUUCUUGAAGUUCUUUGCUAGGACCAGGUUUGAGAGGGUCUGUACAAGAAAAUCACCAGUGAAUUUGUACUUGGUUACAGGAAGAAUAGUACUUAGGCAUGCAGUGAGUGGAUAGAGUGAAUUUGGCUAUAAAUAAAUAUUUUUAUUUAAACGAUUUAACUUCAUCCAGGCCCUAAUUCUUAUGUAAAUUUCUAAACAUUCAUGAUCACUGUUCUCCAAACUCUCAGUCUCAAACGAUGAAUUACGGUAUCAUUUCCAUUUUUCCCUUGAUACUUAUUUUUGUAUCCUGAACGGUGAGUGUCUCAGCCGGUUGGUAUUCAAGAUCCUUCAUUGUUACCA